AUGGACGCCGACGACUUAUUUAACGUCUUCGAGGAGGCUCCUACUGGAGCUCCUGCCCCAGAACCUCCCAAGCCUGAACAGUCGGAAAAGCCCCAACCCGAAAAGUCCAGAAAAAGACCGGCCUCAGAAGAACCAGUUCCUCAAGCCAAAAAGUCCAAAGAUAAGCCCAAGGAAAUCAAGCCAGUGGUGUCGGAUGCCGUAGAAAUCGAAGCCUCCCGUGAGGUUGCGAUCUCAAACGGCUUAAUCUCAAACGCCAAAGAGGAGGGCCAGUUGAAAUUGAAGCAUCAGGUCAGACAUCAGGUCGCCAUCCCACCAGACUACCCCUACGAGCCAAUUGGAUCCCACAAAAGAACCACCGAGGCCAGAACCUACCCGUUCACAUUGGAUCCAUUUCAGGACACUUCCAUCUCUUGUAUCGAUAGAAACGAGUCGGUGUUGGUGUCAGCGCACACCUCUGCUGGUAAGACUGUGGUUGCCGAGUAUGCCAUUGCCCAGAGUUUGAGAGACAAGCAAAGAGUCAUCUACACCUCGCCCAUCAAGGCAUUGAGUAACCAGAAGUACAGAGAAUUAUUGGCAGAGUUUGGUGACGUUGGUUUGAUGACUGGUGAUGUGACCAUCAACCCAGAUGCUGGGUGUUUGGUCAUGACUACUGAAAUUUUGAGAAGUAUGUUGUACCGUGGUUCAGAGGUGAUGAGAGAAGUUGCAUGGGUUAUUUUUGACGAAGUUCAUUACAUGAGAGACAAGUCCAGAGGUGUUGUCUGGGAAGAAACCAUCAUUUUGUUGCCAGACAAGGUUCACUAUGUUUUCCUUUCGGCCACUAUUCCAAAUGCUAUGGAGUUUGCUGAGUGGAUCGUUAAGAUACAUUCCCAACCAUGCCAUGUGGUCUACACUGACUUCCGUCCUACUCCAUUGCAGCACUACUUGUUCCCCUCAGGCGGAGACGGUAUUCACCUUGUGGUGGAUGAGAAGGGAUCCUUCAGAGAGGAAAACUUCCAAAAGGCUAUGGCAAGCAUAAGUGACGGAGCUGGCGACGACCCAUCUGCCGCUGAUUCAAAGGGGAAAAAAGGACAAACCUUCAAGGGUGGAAAUAAGGACGGAAAGUCCGAUAUCUACAAAAUUGUCAAGAUGAUCUACAUGAAGAGAUACAAUCCUGUUAUUGUUUUCUCAUUCUCCAAGAGAGACUGUGAGGCGUUGGCCUUGAAAAUGUCCAAAUUGGACUUUAACACAGAUGACGAGAGAGAGGCUUUAACCAAAAUCUACAACAACGCCAUUGAAUUAUUGCCAGAGCAGGACAAGGAGUUGCCCCAAAUUAAAAAUAUCCUCCCGUUACUUAGAAGAGGUAUCGGUAUCCAUCAUUCUGGUUUGCUCCCAAUUUUGAAGGAAAUUAUAGAAAUUUUGUUCCAGGAAGGUUAUCUUAAGGUUUUAUUUGCCACAGAAACAUUCUCCAUUGGAUUAAAUAUGCCUGCUAAAACCGUUGUUUUUACUUCUGUCCGUAAGUGGGAUGGUGUUGGAUUCAGAUGGGUUUCUGGUGGUGAGUAUAUUCAAAUGUCCGGUAGAGCUGGUCGUCGUGGUUUGGAUGACCGUGGUAUUGUUAUCAUGAUGAUUGAUGAAAAAAUGGAACCCCAAGUUGCUAAAGGAAUGGUUAAAGGUCAAGCUGACAGAUUAGAUUCUGCUUUUCAUUUAGGUUACAAUAUGAUUUUGAACUUGAUGAGGUUCGAAGGUAUUUCCCCUGAAUUCAUGUUAGAGAGUUCUUUCUUCCAAUUCCAAAACGCUUCUUCGGUCCCAAAGCUUGAACAAGAAUUGGAUCAAUUGAAGACCAAGAGUUCAGCUAUAGAAGUUGAGGACGAGCCUACUAUAAAGGAGUACUAUGACUUAAAGAAGCAGCUACAAUCUUACAAGGAAGACGUGAGAAAGGUAAUCACCCAUCCAGGUCAUAUCUUGCCAUAUUUGCAAGAAGGUAGAGUGGUUAAAAUUAAUGUCAAGGGUAUGGAUUACGGUUGGGGUAUGGUAACCUCGUUUACCAAAAGAGUCAACAAGAGAGAUCCAUCAGCUAUCUACAGUGACCAUGAAUCUUACUUGGUGACUGUUUUUGUGUAUUCAAUGUUCGUUGAUGCUCCAGUAAACCUCAUCAAGCCAUUCAAUCCUAGCUUUCCAGAAGGGAUCAGACCAGCAUUGGUAGGUGAAAAAUCUAGGGCUGAGUACAUCCCAAUCACUUUGGAUUCUAUUGAAUGCAUCAGUAGUGUCAGAUUGAAGGUACCUCAAGACUUGAAAAGCUCUGCCUCCAAGAAGACUUUAUUAAAGACCAUGAAGGACUUGCCAAAGAGAUUACCCAAGGGCAUUCCAUUGAUGGACCCAGUAACUAGUAUGAAGAUUGAAGACGAAGACUUCAAGUUGUUGUUGAGAAAGAUUGACGUUUUGGAAGCCAAGUUGAAUGGCAAUCCAUUACAUAACACUGCCAGACUUGAUGAAUUGUACUCAACUUACUCAUCCAAGGUUGAAAUCGAAGGAAAGAUGAAGGCAUUGAAAGAGAAGAUUUUGGAAACACAAGCCGUAAUUCAGUUGGACGAUUUGAGACACAGAAAGAGAGUGUUGAGAAGAUUGGAGUUCACUACCCAAAAUGACAUUAUCGAGUUGAAGGGACGUGUUGCCUGUGAAAUCAGUACUGGGGACGAGUUAUUGCUUACCGAGUUAAUUUUCAAUGGUAACUUCAACGACUUGAGUAGCGAGCAAUGUGCCGCCCUCUUAUCGUGUUUUGUAUUCCAAGAAAGAGCCAAGGAGGUUCCUAGACUCAAGCCCGAGUUGGCCGAGCCAUUAAAGACUAUGCAAGAUAUGGCUAGUAAGAUCGCUAAAGUGUUCAAAGAGUCCAAGAUCGAAAUUGUUGAGAAGGAGUAUGUUGAGUCGUUCAGACCAGAGUUAAUGGAAGUCACCUACGCUUGGUGCAAGGGGGCUUCCUUCACUCAGAUUUGUAAGAUGACCGAUGUUUACGAAGGUUCUUUGAUCAGAAUGUUCAAAAGAUUAGAAGAGCUUAUCAGACAAUUGGUGAUGGCUGCAAAAACCAUCGGUAAUGCAGAGUUAGAAGAAAAGAUGGAGAAGGCCAUGGAAAUGGUUCACAGAGACAUCGUUUCGGCUGGUUCCUUGUAUCUUUAA